UCGUAACAUUAUAGACCUAAACGAAUUCCUACACUUCCCAUUUAAAUUUACAAAAUAUAUCAUGAAUAUAGAAUACUUCACGGAAGGCCUCGACUGCCUAAUGUACUGCGGCUUGAAGCUAUCGCCGGAGCAGCGCAUCUUGAUCGAAAAUUCACUAAUCUCUUUGCAGAAUGACAACCGCUUCUCAGGCAUGUACCUGUGGGGUCGCAUUACUGCCACCAAGAACGAUUACUACAUUGCCUUUGGUUACACAAACGAUUGCCUGAAGGAUCGAAAGUAUUUCUAUAGUUUGGACCAGUUUCAGUGGCAGUUGUUGCCGUUUGUUCAGAGCCCCAAGAUCUUUCAGGCCACCAUUCUUGCUAGAGAGCCUUUUAUAGGAGAUCCGAGCCUGAUGUCCUAUGUAAAGUUGGAUCCCACAUUCGACAUUGUGGGCAACCAUGUGGCUGGUAUCAGUCUCCCUGAAGUAGUAAAGCUAAAGGAGGAGGAAAGAUUGGCAGCAAUUGUGUUUAUAAUAACAGAAGAGUGCGCCAUUUGUCCACGCGGUGCCUUCUACAAGAUGACCGAUGGUCGUGUUAUACCCAACCAGAUGUUCCGGGGCCUUAAUGACCUGCAGAUCGACAAUCAAUCCUAUUACCAGCUUUAUCGUCUACCACGCAAUGAUCUCAAAGUGAAUUUGGCCAAGAGGAGCGACUAUAACUAUGCCGUAGACUUUCUGGACACUAUCGACUGUGUAAUACCGCUGGGUCAAUCCUUUGCCCUGAAUAUGCAACGGAACGAGAGUUUGGUGGUAAUUAAGUCGUGCCUUUGGCUGGGCAUGACUUUCUUCCACAAAAUCAACUCGCACAAACAUGGUUUCCUUUACCUGGGCGAUGGCAAAAAGAACUUUGACCUGCUUUUCAUGUAUUAAGUUUGAUUUUAAAUAAUAAUUCUCGUUAUUUCUCGAAGCAUAUUAUC